UGAAUCAACUUGAAACUAAAGGAUCAACCAAGUACAAUGAGACGCAGUCUUGUUCGCUAUAUAUAUGUUAUGGAAGUCAAUGCGAGACGGACAGCUAUAGCAAGCAAGCCCCUUUUGAUAGUCAUAUUUGCUAGCCAUGAUGUAAUGUGAGAAAUCCUUUCGUUUCAAUUCUCUGAUUUGCGAUGCUUCGUGGGCGCCGAAGAAGCGACAUGAUAGCUGCUAUUGUUAGUUCGGCGCCGAAGUUAGUGGGGAAUCGGAGGACAUCGGCGUUGUUCCUGCAUGCCAUGUCGGAGCUUUCGGCGGCGAAUGACUCCAGGGCUUUUCCUCAAGCUCCUCUUCCAUCCUCUUCCCAGCUCUUUUCUUCACGGGAAUUCCGCAAAACUCCAAGUGAAGAGAUCAUGUCGGUAGUAACACAAGGCUCCGACCCCCUGCAUAAGGCAUGCGAUACGUGCAGAGCCAGGAAAACGCGAUGUAGUGGGUCGAGAUUCCAGUCGGUCGGAAGAGAACUUCCUCCAGGUCGGUGUCUGACUAAUCUUGUUUUCACGCCAGAAAUCUCGGGCAACACUGAUGCCUGCGACUUCUGCCUGUCCCAGCACCUUCCCUGCUCCUUUACUCCAGUCAAGCGACCAAGAAAGCGCAAGUAUGACGCGUCAGUUUUCAUACCACUGUCCUCCACAUACCAACAGUCCGUUCGUGACCUUCCUGGUCCGCAGUUAGGCUCCGAAAAUGUGGGCUAUCAGCAGCCGGGACUGUAUAUCGACUCUUUGCUUGCAAAUCGCCAAGCCUCUCGCAUACACGGAGAUGCCAGUCAUCCAGAUCAGGUAUUGUCUGGCCCUUUUGCUCAUCGUGCUCCUAUCUGACCAUGGCCUCGCAGCUGACCACUAUCUUUGGCCCAAACCCCAACAUCUCUUUCUUCCCUGAGCGACGGGUUCGCGCCAUCAGUCAGUGAUUGGGCCACAACCGGCUCGAUCAGCUACUAGAUGAAAUACGCGCGGUGGUUGCAACCAAGGUCAAAAAUAGUUGUGCCAUCCUCAGUCAUAUAUACAACGACACCUGGGCACCGGAAAGAUCCAAGUCCCGAGUCGUGACAUUAUCGACGGACACAUUUCUGCCUACUUUGACUCG